AUGAACUCGUCGCGGAGGGCGUAUGUGGAGGACGCGACAGAGGACUCUGAUAUGGACGGGGUAGAUCUAGCAAAUAUUCCUGUUGAUCGCGAUUAUGAGUUGCCCGCGGCCACUGCUGGGAUAGCGCCGGAGAAAGCGUCCGCGAUCCUAUCUCAGUUCUCACGGAAACGAAGAGCCGCCGCGAUCCCGGUGCCGACAGACGAUGGACGGGUUCGUUCACGACUACGCGAGCUUGGACAUCCUAUAACUCUCUUUGGUGAAGAUGCUACAGACCGACGCGACCGGUUGAGAGGUUUACUGCUUGAACUCGAAGAGCAGCAGGAAGCGGCGGCCGCCGCCGCCGGGGAAGAGGGAACGGAUGUGCAGAUGCAAGAGGCUGAGGAAGAAGCUGAAGAAGAACAGGAACACGAAGAGGAAUUCUACACCGAAGGCACUCAAGGCUUGCUUGAGGCGCGGAAAAAUAUCGCCAAGUUCUCUUUACCGCGGGCCAAAACGAGAAUAGAACGCCAAAAGGAGGAAUCAACGAUACCGCUACGGACGCACAUUAAGCACAGAAAGGCAAUCAAAGAAAAGUUACAGAGUUUUGACUUGUUCGGCUCUCAGUUGGCAGGAGACCGCCCGGUGAGCAUCACACGGUUCGCGCCCAAUGGGGAAUUUUUGGCAACCGGGAACUGGGGCGGGAGCAUUAAACUGCUCUCUAUUCCAAAUCUAGAAGAAAGCGCCACGCUUCGCGGACAUACGGAUCGAAUUGGAGGCAUUUCGUGGUUCCCAGGUGCGACCCUCGCUUCCUCAAACGUAUCAGAAGACUCCGUGAAUCUUGCAUCGGGUGGCGGCGAAGGAAAUAUACAUCUAUGGUCUCUAAAUAAAGACACCCCUCUAUCAACGCUAUCUGGGCAUUCUGGACGCGUCUGCCGUGUUGAGUUUCACCCUUCCGGGGAGUAUUUGGCGUCUGCGUCCUUCGAUACUACCUGGCGACUGUGGGACGUAAGGACAAGCACGGAAUUACUCUUGCAAGAAGGCCACUCUCGCGAAGUGUUUUCACUAGCAUUCAAUCCUGACGGCUCUCUUCUUGCCAGUGGUGGUUUGGAUAGUAUCGGCCGUAUCUGGGAUUUGCGGACCGGCCGAACAGUAAUGAUCCUCGAGGGCCACAUUCGCGAAAUAUAUGCUCUGGACUGGGGAAUUGACUCAUAUCGGGUCCUUUCUGGCUCAGGUGACGGCUGGGUUAAAUGCUGGGAUAUCCGGCAAGUUCGUGGAACGGGCGGUGUGGGCGCUCACAAGGGGGUGGUAUCUGAUUUGAGAUGGUAUAAAGGCACAGAGGACACAUCGUCUUACCUACCUACGCUCUCACAGGGAGAGCUGAACGUGGAGAUGACCGACGGCCCGACCUCUGCGAACGGGGAGCGGACAGCACGACAGCCAAUCCAACCAAGGAAAUCGGGGACCUUUUUCGUUACCGCCGGAUUUGAUAAGAAUGUUAACGUCUUCAGUGCCGAUGAUUGGUCUUUGGUGAAGUCACUCAGCGGUCAUUCUGGGAACGUACUCAGCGUAGAUGUGAGCGACGAUGUUAAGUGGAUUGCAAGCUGUGGGCAUGAUCGCACGGUCAAGCUAUGGGGCAUUGAAGGCUGAGCUGGAAAUAUGGAUAAUGAGACCUAAUUCUUAUCCAACGAGAUCGAGAUGUCGGCCACUCAGUGAGGCAUACUCUAUUCGAUCUCAUCAUUAGUAUCCUACGGCCCCAUAUGGGACUUGAAACUCGCCCAGGAGAGUAUGUAUAAGAAGGCGAAGAACCGGGACGGUGUUGGGUGCUUAGACUACCUGAAGGGUUUCACCGUGAAUAUACUUGAAAGCAUUAGCCCGCCAUGGAAAUUCUAAGUCGGGUACUUAUCAG